UGUGCUUCAGAUGGAGGAAGGAGCCACAAGCAGCCCUGCCCAUGCUGUCCAUUUGCAUUCCCCACUCCCUGUUUCUGACAUAUUCCCAUUUUCCCUCUCGUGCCAGCUGCUCCACUCAAAGUUUUACUUGCAGUCUCCUAAAAAUGUUACUAACAAAAAUUAAGUAAAGAUUAAAGCAAACAGCAAAGCCAAAACCAAGGGCAGCCUGCUUAUGAUACUGGACCUGACAGAAGGGGCAGCUCAAGUGGCUCAGCUAAAGGGUAAUUCUUGCAAACGUAAGCUGCCGAGGUCCUCAGCAAGCUGGAGGAAGGCAAUGCAGGGGUCUGCUGUUGGGGAAGCAGGCUGCAGGAGCCCGCGGGAGAGCAGAGAGGGAAGCCUGGCAGCAGGGAGAGGGCUGGAUUUAGGUGCUUAUGCAGGGCUUGUCCCUUCUCCUUGUGUUUUUCUCUCCGGGUUUAUUGUCAUCAGCCAUACCAGGCAGGGGAGAGAUGGAGGGAGGGGAGGAGGCGCUCGGCAUGGUGCCUCCUCUCAUAACCUGUGCCUGACCAAUCUCCCUCCCAAGGGGCUGCGAGAGCUCCCCCCGCCCCGCCACCUCCUCAGCCCUCAGCUCCCGGCACCCGGCGCGGGAGGGAGAGGGACUGACGGCAACUGCCCUUUCUCCAGGAUGGGUUGAGAGAAACGAAACCCUCCCGAGCUCCUUCCUCUGGGUGUCUCGGAGCGGAUCCUGCCUGCCUGCCUGCCUGGCGAGGUGACUCCCCGGCAGCGCCUGUGCCGCUGCCAUCACAGAUGUACCCCCAGCUGUCACUUGGCCACGCGCAGUCGCUGCCUCUCUCUCGUCUCCCUCGCUCCUUCCCUCCCCUCUUGUUUAUUAUUUGCGGAGGAUUACAGCCCCUUUCCCACGCUGCCAUCUCGCCGUGCGGCUCCGCUGCCCUCCACGCUGGGCGAGCGGCUGGCUAAGAGGGGCUCCUGCCGGCUAGGGUCCCCCCAGCGCCCGAGCCGGCGGCCGAGGGACUUUCUGCUUUGGGAUUGUAUCGGGUUCUCGGGAAGAGCUGCCGUUCUCACAGGAGAGUCCAGCCCAGCCCCAGACAGGGAGUUAAAUAGAGCACACGGAAAGCCUGCUGCUGGGGAGUGAAAGUCAAGGAGGGAGAGGGAAAGAAGAGGCUGUAACUGGGCAGUGCCCGGGGGAGUCGGGUGGAAGUGGCUGUGGGCAAAGCCCCUCCAGGACCUGGCAGGCAGGCUACAAGAUCACUCCUCCUGCCUUCGGGGCUGUGUGCCAGGCUGGCUGGUGGAUGUGAAGACACGCUGGAGAAGACGACAAUGCUGCCUACAGCUUCUGGCCACCGGUGGAGAAGCAGAUUCCUCAUGAGGUGGCAAGAGGCUUGCCUGCUUGGCUGCUGGCUAUCGCUGUGUGCUGCUGAGUCCUUCUUUGCUUGUCCUUCCUCCUGCAAGUGUAACAGUGGCAACCUGGAAGUGGACUGUAGCGGCUUGGGCCUCUCUUCCAUCCCCUCAGACAUCCCCACAAACACCAGGACCUUCCUCUUUCUCAACAACAAACUCAGCAUCUUGCCAGGAGCAGUGUUUUCCAACCUCUCUGCCCUGCAGAGGCUGGAUCUAUCCAACAAUUUCUUGGACCAGCUCCCUCAGAACAUCUUCAGUGACCUGGGGAACCUCACGGAGCUCCAGCUGAGGAACAACAGCAUCCGGGCCUUGGACAAGGACCUGCUCCAGCACACGGCCCUGCUGCGCCAGCUGGACCUCUCCAUCAAUGGCCUGGCCCAGAUACCCUCGGGCAUCUUUGACGACCUGCCCGCCCUCCGCUCCCUCUCUCUCAAGUCCAAUCGCCUGCAGAGCCUGGACAGGGUGACCUUUGAGCCACUAACCAGCCUACAGCAACUGCAAGUUGGGGAUAACCCCUGGGAAUGUGACUGCAACCUCCGGGAAUUCAAGCACUGGAUGGAGUGGUUCUCCUACAGAGGUGGAAAAAUCGACCAGCUGGCAUGCACCCUGCCCAAGGAGCUGAAAGGGAAGGACAUGCGAAUGGUGCCCAUGGAGAUGUUCAACUACUGCUCCCAGCUGGAUGAUGAGAACAGCUCCACAGUGCUGGACAAUACUGGCCCACCCUGCACUAAAGGAAGCCCAGCUCCUACCAAAUCUAAGUCUGGUUCAGAAGCAGAGGUGGAGCCCAGCGUGGGCUGCCCCCAGAAGCAGCGGUACCGGCCCGUCAGCGUGCGCCGCGCCAUCGGCACUGUGAUCAUCGCAGGGGUGGUCUGCGGCAUCGUCUGCAUCAUGAUGGUGGUGGCAGCUGCUUAUGGGUGCAUCUAUGCCUCCCUCAUGGCCAAGUACCACCGGGAGCUGAAGAAGAGGCAGCCACUCAUGGGUGACACAGAAGGUGAACACGAAGAGCAAAAACAAAUCUCUUCUGUGGCAUGAAACUCUUCAAGGAAGGAAAGGACAGCAACGGACAAAGGUACCUGAGAGCAGUCAAGCAUGGGGUCCUCCCGAAAUACACCUCCACAGACAAAGAGACUGUGCUAUUGCUCCACUCACCCAAGUAGUGCAACAUGCUUCUGGGGGGGUCAGGGCACCUGGCUCAACUUCUGUUCCUCUGCCCCAGGUCCAUACUGUGCCCUUUCACCCUUGGGCCCUCUCAGACAAAUAAAGUAGAGUCAGACCUCGA